AUGUCUUGGAGAGGUCCUUAUGUCCUCAGGACGUCGCCAGGACGUCCUCGAGACGUCCCUUGCAAGAUCUGUGUCUUGUUUGGGGAAGAGAUCAGGGUGAGUUCCGAACUGAACGACCGGCCGACGGUGUUUUGCAUUUCAGCCGCAGAUGUAUCCGCGAGGAAUGCAAGCGCUUCAGUAUCGUCGUCACCGCGUCCAGUGAGCGGGGAUCCAAGUGAUCGUCGUGUAUCAGUGGACGCCGUUGCCUCUUCAGCGAUCCCGUCGCUUCCAGAACGAGUCACACGCUCGCGAGCGAUCAGCUCUCUGACUCGAUCGCGUAUUUUAUUCAGCCGGUGUGUUCUUGAGGCUCCGAGCGAGGAGGCCGAUGAGAUGAAGGCCAACACCGCGGCGACGAAGAUCCAGGCGAACUUCCGCGGCUAUCGCGUGCGUAAGCAACUGAAGGAAUCGUCCACGUCGCAGCGUCGUCGUCAGCAGCCGAGUCAGCAGCAACAGCAGCAGCAGUCGAAAAAGAUACAGCAACAUCAGCGGGAUCAGCAACAUCAGCGGGAAUCUCGGGAGCAGUCGAAGCCGAAGGACGCUUUCCUGAAAAGACAGAACACUCGCGAGGCGCUCGAGGAGAAGUCGGCGACGAAGAUCCAGGCCGGUAUCCGCGGUUUCCUGGUGCGAAAGAGACAGCAGGCCGUGCAAGCAGCGGCGACGAGGAUCCAGGCUGGCUUCCGUGGCUUCCGAACGCGGAAGUUGCUGAAGCAAAACGGCCAGUAAAGGCUGCGCUCACUGGUGGCCUCUUCCUGGAACGGCGACGCGGGGCGUCGCCGUGUGCAAGAGGUGCUUCUCCCGAUAUUAUACGCGCUUAGGCGAAACAGAAGGCCUCGGUAACGUUAAUAUGAUGUCAAACUGACGAGAAGACGAUCGAAUCGCGGUCGAAAAUGUUUCGCGGUCUCACGGUCUGACUCAGAAGACGUCUCGGUAACAGAGAUGUGUGGACGAGAAUGAUGAUUUUGAUCGAACCACUUACGUUACAAUUCACGAUACCUGAUAUGCGCGCUUUUGGAUUUCAACCUCGUCGACAUUUUAGUCCUACUUUCGCGCUGAACUCUUUAACAUCUGUAUAUUCUGAAGGGUCAGUGUAUAUUUGAUACACGUGGAAACUGAAAUACCACUUAACGCCUCUAAAUGGCAGAAAACGCACCAAAUGCCACUUGUGGAUUCUAAAGAAGACCUUUCGCCAAAGCUAGUUAAACAAAAUCAACAGAAGUUGAUACAAGCUUCAGAGUGUCAAAGUAGGCGUCAAAUGGAAUAUCGAGGUAGAAAUUAGAAUCAAAAUUUCGACUCGGGCAGCUGUAUCGAUAAUUCGCGAACCCAAGCAGCAUAAAUGUCCGAGAUACGUCUUCGAGACGUUUUAAGUAGAAUAUCGUCUCCAAGAUCUCUUUGAAAUAUUUGUGCUGUAUGGCAAACGUUGCCUUUCGUGGAAAUCGUUAUUCCUUACGUUUGUUUUCAUACAAUUUGACCGUUUCUACUCUCGUCUGUUAAUGACGACUAGCGAGAAAAACGAUGGCAGGAGGACGACAGAUCGGAGGUGAUGCGACCUGAAGCCAAGGAAGCGAUCGAUACGCAUAUAUGCAGUAGAAGUUAGCUAUCAUUAUGAUAGGAAUUACCUAAAAUAUCUUUUGUUAUGGACUUAUGUAAUUUUUUAUGUAAUUAAUGCGUUCACCACAGUGACGCAGGUAGAUGUUGAACAUGUUGAAGAUGUUACGUGACGUUGUAUAACUGUGAAACUAUAAUAAUCUUGUUGAUAUUUUUAUGACGCAUGUAGAGAAUAUAGUCGUAUAUUUUUCGUCUGAAGCGCAGUUAUUCUUAUACACUGUCUUCUAAUAUUCCUUCUAAUAUUCUUACUGUCUAUCUGCAGAAAGCGAUAAUAAUGAUAGUGAUAAGAACAGGGUUGGGUAAGUUAACUUUUUUUUGACUAAGUUAAGUUAAAGUUCAUGGCUUUGAAAAUUUAACUUAAUUACGAUAAAGUUAACUUAGUUAACGAUAAAGUUAUUAAAGUUAAAGUUAAUGAAAUUAAUUGAAUUAAAAGUUAAGUUAAUAAAAAAUGUAAUUAAAAAGUUAAAAGUUAAAUUUAUUUCAUUUCAUGACUUCAGAGUUUCAGUUUCACAAAUAAUGGAAAAACUAAUAUAUUGAAAACGUGUUUUAUUUACAGAUACUUAUUAAAUUUAAGUAAUAAAAUCUUUGAAAUUUUUAUCGGACAUUUUUCCUCGAAGAUUGUCGAAAAUGAGCCUUCCAGCACUAAACAGCCUUUCGACAUCUCGCGACACCUUCAUGGCAUGGUUAACUUCAAGAUAAUUGAAUUGAAAGUUAAUAGUUAUCCAUAAAAUGUAACUAUGUUAAGUUAAAAGUUAAGAGUGUAAAAAUGUAACUAAGUUAAGUUAAAGCUAUUUAACUUUUUAACUUAACUUAUAACUUUUUAACUAGUUACUACCCAACCCUGGAUAAGAAUAUUUCACAGCGCGAUUUGAAUUUGGCGAGUAAUAAACUUUUAGACCUCGAA